AUGUCGCCACGUGAGAACUCCGGCGGCCUCUCUGUGCGACGUUGUCCCUCGCUCUCUCUGCGCCCUCGUGCCAAGACUACUGCGUCCUCAGCGGCAUUACCAAAAAACAACGCACAUGCACAGUGGCAAAAUGCCUCCCUGGCGGGGGUUUCGGACGAGUAUAAUGCCUUGACGGUGGAUGAUACGGAGUUGUUUCAAGAGGAUGUGCCUCGACGCCGUGCGGCUAAGAGCUUCUCGAGUCUACGUCAUCCAAUGGAAGGUCUAGUGGCUCUGGGCCGUCGCCUCUCUGUGUCAGUUCGCAACAAGUCCUCGAAGCAAAGCUUACAGGUCCCUGAACUUGAAGAUGACAGCGAGUGCAGUUGCGAAAGUGGCUACUAUCACUAUGCUGUGGCCCACGGCUCGAAUCACAAGCGCAAUGCCGAUCCUGGAAGCUGGGCACCUAGAUCCCGCGCCUGGUCUAAUGGCAUCAGCAUCAACCGCCGUCCCUCGCUCAACAGUGUAUCUGCCUUGCAUAGCUUCUAUGCGCCAAGUUCUUCAAGCCCAGUACCCAUUCCGGGAAAUGGGCUUGCACCUCCGAUUUUCCCGAAUGAUAAGUUCGCCGGAUCGGCUGCGCGCGCCGCCGCUGCCGCGCAGAAUGAAGCAGCCAGGCUGGAAUUGGCCAAAACGGAGCGGGAUCUCCAGCAACCCGACGCGAAAGUCACACAGGAUUCUGAGAGUGGUAUCGGAAUUAACCUGCGUGACCCCUCCGGGCAAUCUUAUUUGACCUGUGUGCACAUUGGUAAGAACGACAAAGUCGAAAGAAUUUUGAGUCAGCCAUUGAUAUCGACUACAGACCCAGUUUCCUACCUCCCUGCCGAGAUCUCGGCUCACAUUCUUUCAUAUUUGGACCCAGCGUCUCUCAUGGACUCCGAAUCUGUGUCGAAGGCCUGGCAUCUGCAGGCUUCUUCGCCCCAUGUUUGGAAGCAUGUCUUCCAUGGUGCAUACCCUCGACGCCCGGCCAGAUCCGCUUCAACCAAGAAGACGUUGUCUGUCGGUUCGGGGAAGUCAAUUCCCAACCAGGACUGGAAGAAGAUGUUCCUCGUCCGGCGAUCUCUCGAGCAACGCUGGAAACAAGGCAAGGCCGCGGCCAUCUAUCUUCACGGACACACAGACAGCGUUUACUGUGCACAAUUUGAUGAGUACAAAAUUAUUACUGGCUCGCGUGAUCGCACCAUACGUGUGUGGGACGCCCACUACCCGUGGUCCUGCCAAAAGAUUAUUGGCCCUCCCACGGGCGACGUGACUAUCAACGGACCGGUAAAUAACCCGGCACAGCAGGCCACAGGCAAGUCUCCCUUUGCAACUAUUUGCCCACCAUCGACUCCAUCUGCCGGGAUCGUUGCUCCGAUGGUGCACCCGUCAAAUUAUCAUAGCGCCUCAGUUCUUUGCUUGAAGUUUGAUGAAGAAAUCAUGGUCACUGGGUCUUCAGACUUUAGCUGCAUCGUGUGGGAUAUCAAGAAAGACUAUCAACCAAUUCAUCGUCUCAUCGGCCAUAGUGCCGGUGUGCUGGAUGUCUGUUUCGACGAUCGGUACAUUGUAUCCUGCUCGAAAGAUACUUCCAUCUGCGUGUGGGACCGCAGGACCGGUGCACUCCUUAAGCAGCUAUCUGGCCACCACGGACCUGUGAAUGCUGUGCAACUACGUGGUGACCUCGUGGUGUCAGCUGGUGGCGAUGGUGUAGCCAAACUCUGGAACGUCAUCACAGGUCAGUGCGUCAAGGAGUUUAUCAGUAAGGACCGUGGUCUUGCGUGUGUUGAGUUCAGUGAUGAUGGUCGAACCAUUUUGACCGGUGGCAAUGAUAAGAUUAUCUAUCAGUUCGAUGCCAACACCGGUGAGCUGGUCCGUGAGAUCCGUGCCCAUUCGUCCCUGAUCCGGUCGCUUCACCUUGACAGCAUGAACAAGCGUAUCGUCAGUGGAAGUUACGAUAUGAGUGUCAAGGUAUUUGACGCCGACACUGGUGAAUUAUCUAUUGAUCUGCCUGGUUGGACCACCAGCUGGAUGCUGAAUGUCCAGUCAGACUAUCGGCGGAUCUUGGCGACUAGCCAAGACUCGCGGGCCGUCAUUAUGGAUUUCGGCUACGGACUAGAUGGGAUUGAAUUGUUGGAGGAGUAA